AGAAAUACUAUGACCAAGGUCAAAUUGUCAGCAUAAAGACAAGAUCCAUUAUUUCUCCUGCCUCUCUCUACCCAUUUAGGUCAUCGAUUCCUCAGAAGAACUUCGUGUUAGUUUGAGUUAUGAUUUCACGGAUUUUGAAGAUUAUUUUUUGGUAACUUGUUCACGGGGCUUGUUUAAUUCGAUAUUUUCCUUGCUUUUCUUCUGCUUUCUGGGCAUCCAAACAGGAGUUGAUCGAUCGUAGUUGCCUGAGUUGGGCUUUGUUCGUCUCGGUGGACAGGCAAGAGGGUUUCAUUCUUGACCUUGAAUGACAUGUUGGAUUGUUUUUUCUUGGAGGUUUCAUCUGUGCUGAGGAAUUAAUUUGGUUAUUGUUUCCUUGGUUAAGGCCUCGGUUGUUUUCAUCCAAAUCAUGAUUGAUUAAAUUUGUUAGAAUCUCAAAUUUGAUAUUAGGUCUUUAUCCCCUAAAAUGGUAUAGCCUGAUAGAUGGUGAAGCAAGUAGGCAUUGAGGACUCAGUGUUUAGGUGGUUCUGAACUCUGAUACUUUGUUUCUUGGUUGGUUUUGUGGAAUACUUGGACCGUUCAAUGGGUUCGAUCCAGGACACUGUUCAUUACUGUUGUGUGUCAAGGGGUGGCCGGAUUCUGUAUGCAUACAGUAGAGGAGAUCAUGAGAUUGAAGCUCUUGCUGCCUUGUGCUUGGAGAGGACUCCUCCAUUCCAUAAAUGGUACUUUGAGACUAUAGGUAGAAAAACUUUUGGGUUUUUGAUAGAAGAUGGAUGUGUUUACUUCACUAUUGUUGGCAAAGGUCUUGCAAAUCUCAAUGUACUUCAAUUUUUAGAACAUGUGAGAGAUGAAUUCAAGAAGGUAGGUAAAAGGGGUUUCAGAGGAAGCUUUUCAAAUAUGAAUUUAUCUACCGUACAAGAACAAUUGAUGCCUGUUAUCCGCAACUUGAUAACUUCAUUAGAACAUGUCUCUCAAAGUGAUAGUGAUUGGAAGGCCAAGACUCCCUCGUUAGAUCAUCUAGGCCUCUCUCCCUCACCAAGUGAUGUAAAUGCUCAAAUUGAUGCUGCUAGUUCUACAAUGGUCCCUUUGCUUGGUAAACCAAGCAAGCAGGAGAAGAAGAAGCAGAAAGACCAUUCAAUUGCAGUGAGAGAUAUUGAGUUGGAAGAACAUCGGAAAUCAACAGAAAGAGGAGUUAGAGCGGAUUUAGGACCACUGGAUUCUAUUAACCAUAAUGAAGCAGGUUCUUCAAUCUCAUUGGACAAGGAUUUUGGUUCAACAAGGGUUAGAUCUGGCCCUCAAAACAUUCGAAAGAAGUGGUGGCGCCAAGUAAGGAUAGUUCUUGCCAUUGAUGCAGCUGUUUGUUUAGUGUUGUUUGCUAUUUGGUUGUCAGUAUGUAGGGGCCUUACAUGCCUAAGCUGAUCACUUCUAAUAAAAUCCAAAUUUCCAUUUUCUUAAUUUUGAGGAGUGUAUGUCAAAAUCAUGUUAAGGUCUCAGAAAAGAGAAAUGCGAGAGCAAGAAAUCAACCUUGUUAGUUGGUAUAAAAAAAUCCAUCUUAAGUUAUGUGCUUUAUUGCACACUCAGUAGCGUGACUAUGGGAACUUUUCUGUACAGUUGCAUAUCUUUAAUAUUAUCAUAUGGACGCUAUUGAAAUUCUUG